CUAGAGUUGCGAAAUUAGAACAGAAUUUUGAUCAUCAGCUAGAAGACGGUGAUAAUUCUUCUAAGAACAUUGUUAAUGUACCCAACCCUGUUAUAGAUCAGUGCAUUAAUAUUAACUCCAAAUCGUUAAAGUAUAAAGAGAUGAACAAUUUCUUAGACGAGAAAAACAAGGCAAAGGACUUAUCUCCAGUUAACUAUAAUAUUUCAUCGGAUAUAUUAUACAAUACUGAAACAAUUAACGACCAGGAUUCAUGUAAACAGAAGAAGGGAGAAGCUUUAAUACAGGAAAUAUCACUCGAAAAAAAUUAUAUAAAUAAAAAUUUAUCUUCAGAUCAAAAAA